AUGGCAAAUUUUGAAUGUUACCGAAAGUAUCUAAUGGAUCAAAAAGAAGCACAGAAACUGCAUGUCAAGGAAGUCAGAUCCAACCAAAGAUACAAGAAAUUCUUGACUACUGCUAAAGAACAUCCAGGCUUUAGACGUCGUAGUCUUCAGGAUAUUCUUGUCGAGCCAGUCCAAAGAAUCGGCCGUUACACUAUGAUGUUGAAAGAAAUUCUGAAGCACACAGAUUCUGAAACAAAAGAGUGCGAAGAUCUGACCAAUGCAUGUUCGAUAUCUAGCCGAAUCGCAACAAUGAAAGACGAUGUUCCUACAAAGCUAGCUACAAUGUCUCUUUCCUUGUACACUUCCAUCAAGGAUUCCCCAUGCUCUCUUAUUAGUCAGCAUCGUUCUUUGGUGGCUCAUUUGGAUGCAGUCGAAAUCCACAGGGAUACAAAUAAACCUUUCAGAUCUGUCACAUUCUUCUUGUUUACCGAUAAACUACUGGUUGCAACUAGACCUUCUCAUCUAAAAGGAUCGGAUCUUUGUCAUGUUCUGAAGGACGAAGAACUAUCAACGUCAAAAUCAGCAGGUCACAGAUCAUCUGAUAAAGCUACACGAAAGGAUGGAUCACUGAAAUUCAAAGCGUGGCUUGACAUUGGACAGGUUGAACUAUUUGAAGGUGUUCAUGAUUUACAAGGAUCCUUUUUGCUUCGUCCUCUGAGUCCACAAUCCAAGGAUAAUGCACCAUUUUCUACAUUGCCGUCUCUAGAAGCUUAUUUCUACAAAGGAGCUCGUUUAUACACUCCAAUUUCUCCCAAAGAUCACAACUUGACUCCAGAAACCACAAAAGCAUUGAUUCAAAGAAAGAAUGACUUCUUGACAGCCUGCCAAAGAACACAAGCCAUUUCAAAAAGCUGUC